GACGGUUCUGCGCCUGCCUCUAGGCUAGCGGCUAGCACUACCGCGAGCGGUUCGUGUUCACUGCUGUGUUCCCACCAUGACCCACCACGCCAAAAUCCCCUGCCCCUGCCCUUUGUUGCGGUUCCUGUUGCGAUGAAUCCGGUUGUACCUGCAUGAUGGUUUGUUUUACAUGCGUGGCGGUUGCCAUACUGAGUGGGUAGAGACUCAAAAUAUAGUGUCUACUAGUGUAUUGACCGCAUUCAGUUUAUGGAUCAAGAUGAUUGGUUCAUUCAUUACCGGAAUGCUAACGCUUGUUCUCGGAUACGCGUACCCUGCAUACGACUGCUACAAGACAGUGGAGCUGAACAGGCCUGAGGUCGAGCAGCUGCGGUUCUGGUGUCAGUACUGGAUUUUACUCGCGUUUCUCACCGUACUGGAGAGAGUUGGGGAAAGUUUCGUAUCAUGGUUGCCAAUGUAUAGUGAAGCAAAGCUCGCAUUUAUCGUGUACUUGUGGUAUCCAAAGACACGGGGGACUGCCUAUGUAUACGAGUCAUUCUUCAAGCCAUACAUUGCAAAACAUGAAACUGAGAUUGAUCGAAAUCUGCUUGAGUUGAGGACAAGGGCCGGUGACAUGGCAGUUCUUUAUUUCCAGAGGGUUACAAACUAUGCUCAGACAAGGUCUUAUGAAAUCUUGCAGUAUAUUGCCUCACAGUCACCGACUCAAAGACAGGCACAUCAGCAGCAGCAACGCCCACCACCGCCACGGACUCGGCAGGUCAACCCUGCACCUCCACCUAUUCCCGCACCCUCCGCGCCUCCGAUGCCACCACAGCCUGCCCAAGCCCAAGUUCCUCCCACUCCACCAAGGCCCCUAGUUCCAGUGGUUCCUCCUGGCGCAGUGCCUCCUGCCCCGCCACCAACUGCUCCUGAAGCCACCGCCACCAACGGUCUUCAGGACACCGAAACCAUGCAGGUCGACCCACCUCGUGCUUCACUGAGCGGCCCACCACUACCACCUGAGGAGACGCUCAUCGAGGAGGCGAUCCGGCUGACCCGGGGCCGGCUCAGGAGGCGCUUGGCUGGGGGAUCUGGACCACCGCAAAAUUAGCGUCGAUCAAGAUUUCCAUCUCACGCGAAUUGCACCACACUGGUCUGGUUCUUGGUGAUUGACUGAGAAGAGGGGGAAUGCUGAGUUGGUUGAACAGAGUUUGGGUUUCCUCGCAUGCGUUCUCCGUUGUACGAACUGGAACCGGUUUGGUCUCGAAUUGUGAAUAGUAUCCCAGAAACAGAAGUGGAUGAUCAAUUCAAUUCACAGUGUAGCGCUAGGAAAUAUGGUUGGGAACCAUCUUCUGCAAGACGCGAAGGCGCGACAUGUCAUGAGCAUUUAGCAACGAUGAUACUACUGGUCACAGUAGUGUAGUCUGGAAUCCAAAUGCGAAGAACAAAAAAGAACAGCGCCAUGUAUGUGCUGCGUACAUGUAGUUAACGACUACUAUGCAAUUAGUCCUUAUAUGCAAUCAGCUAUACUCCUGAUUUGUUAGAUCA